AUGAACUCUUGCCAAGAUAUCAUCAUCAUCAUCAUCAAAGCAACAAGACUUUUAAGUGCUUUAAUUUUUGUUGACUUGAUUUAUCCAAGCCUGCCGCUAAUUGAUGCUUAUAAUCUUUAA